GGUCCUAUAUUAAUCAUCUACCUCUCCUCAUCGGGAUGUGUCUCCGGUGUCUCCAACUUCCCUGGCCUCCGGAUUAUACAUCACCGCCACAAUCGACGAAACCCAGCUACUCAGCCGUCCAAUCGACCAUCGCACAUCGCACUACGUCUUUGAGGUUCUCUUUUAGUAGGUAACAAUCGCACAUUUACCUUUUCCCUUCUACAUCCCUCUCGUCGGCGACGUUUUCCGGCCACAUUUCAGGUCGGUUGAAAUUGUGUUGAUGAGAAAUAAUUGUAAAGCUUAAGCUUUUAGUCUGGCAAUCGGACUUUCCUUCCUCCGUUUUUGGGUUUUUGCAGUAAAUGGGCUGCUUUCACUCAAAGAUAACCAAGCAAUACCCAGGAUAUGAGGAUCCUAUAUCUCUUGCUUCAGAAACAGCUUUUAGUGUCAGUGAAGUUGAAGCAUUAUUUGAAUUGUACAAGAGCAUAAGCAGUUCAGUGAUUGACGAUGGGUUGAUUAGCAAGGAGGAAUUUCAGUUUGCUAUUUUUAAGAAUCAGAAGAAGGAAAAUCUAUUUGCAAAUCGGAUCUUUGAGUUAUUUGAUUCUAAACAUAGGGGAGCAAUUGAUUUUGGGGACUUUGUUCGAUCACUCAAUGUCUUUCAUCCCAAUGUCCCACAAGAGGAGAAGAUUGAUUUUACAUUUAAACUCUAUGAUAUGGAUGGUACUGGUUUUAUCGAGCGGCACGAGGUCAAGCAGAUGUUGAUUGCCCUGUUAUGUGAAUCUGAAUUGAAGUUGGCUGAUGAAACCAUUGAGGCAAUACUCGAUAAGACAUUCUUGGAUGCUGACAUCAAUCAGGAUGCAAAGAUCGAUAAAUCUGAGUGGCAAAACUUUGUUUCCCGUAAUCCAUCCUUAUUGAAAAUUAUGACCCUCCCUUAUCUCAGGGACAUAACAACAACGUUUCCAAGCUUUGUUUUCAAUUCUGAAGUUGAUGAGAUCGCUACGUAAUUAAAGAGUAGCACAGGGGUAAGGAUGUAUCUGCUUGUGGGUUGAACUUAGGAAUGUUUUUGCAGAUAUCGGUGUACCACUUAUGCAACUCCCCCUUUUUCAAUGACAACAGCUUAGUAAAUUAGGAUUGCAAGUUGAUUGUACGUGUUAUGUACAGGACAUUAGGAAUUCUGACCUUUCCUCUUCAUCAUCAUUCAUCACACGGGGACCAAAUUUUCUAGUCUUAACUUCUAAAUUAGAAGGGCAAAAGCCAAUGCAAGGAUAGAAAGAGUUCUAAUUGCGUUGCGUGAUGUAGUUGAUAUCAAAGUCUCUUCAAAUUUUAUUUAAAAAUCUUGAUACGAAGAUAAAAAGUAAUGAUUACAUAAUUAUUAUUAAUUUUUAUUUUGAAAAUAAUGAAAGUAACUUUUAUUU